AUGCCGUGGGCCUGUUUCUGCUCCAAGGAGGCUCCGUGGACCCCAACGACCAAGAAGAAGACGGCCUGCUACGACAUCGACGUGGAGGUGGAAGACCCCCUGAAGAGCCAGAUGAGCAGCUUCCUCCUCUCCACCGCCAACCAGCAGGAAAUCGCCUCCCUGGACAACAAGAUCCAUGAGACCAUCGAGUCCAUCAACCAGCUGAAGAUCCAGCGGGACUUCAUGCUCAGCUUCUCCAGGGACCCCAAAGGCUACAUCCAAGACUGGCUCAAGUCCCAAAGCCGGGAUCUCAAGUUAAUGACGGACGUGGUGGGGAACCCUGAGGAGGAGAGGAGGGCGGCGUUUUACCACGAACCCUGGUCCCAGGAGGCGGUUAGCCGGUACUUCUACUGCAAGAUCCAGCAGAGGAGGCAGGAGCUGGAACAGGCCUUAGCUGUCCGCAACACCUAAAGGCAGAAAGACCAUCCUGAAGUUCUGCCUCUGGAUUUUAAAGAUGUGCGUGUGUGUGUGUGUUUUUGGAUUAACGCGAACUUACAGAAGUCCACAUUCAGUUUUUCAACAGAGUUUUGAAGUUAAAAAAAAAAAGGACCCAACAGAGGUUUGUCAGACUCAACAUAUGAGCGCACUUCAUCGACGUUAGCAGCACGGUUGGCUCUCAGAGGCUCGGCUUUGUAAAUACGUCCCGCCAAAACUGUCAACCAGCUGCUCACACGCCUAACUACGCACACUUUGUUUGUUAUUAUUAUUUGUCUUCGUUUGAAUCCUUUUUUUAAGGGUUUAUUAUUAACACCAGCAAAAAUAUGAGAUUACGGUUUUCUGAGCGGCAGCAGGUUACAAAACGUGACGUGUCGGUUGCCUUCAUCGUUGGUUUACAAGUCUCCACCAUGUCUGGUGUAAAGUAUUAUCAGUAGUCUCCGCAGCUCUGGACAGAAGUUUACAUGCACUCAUCACUGUCAUAAACAUCUUAUUAACUCUGGCCCUUUAAUGUCCUUUAAUGCCAACUCUUCAGUUUUUUCAUAUGUGCUCCAGAUCAGGGGUUCCCAAACCGACGUAACAGAGCCGGAGACCAGCGACGCUCUUUUGGCUGUAAUUUUAUGAGAACUUUUACAAUAAAGUCUUCCCCCCUGUGCUAAAAUAAGGAACAUUUAGCAUCUAUUGAAGUUAUAUUUUAGUAUUUGUUUUACAAAUAAGAAAAUACUAAAUCUUUUUAGCACAUCAGCAUCAAAUUAUUAU